UUUCAGAUGAAAUGUAGAAGAUCAGAUGGAAGAGAGGAAAAGGAGGGAAGUGUCGGAGAAGCUCAUCAGUAUCCCUCCAAUAAGGGAGAAGGUUGUUUUAAAGCAACCCAACAAGAAGAAACAUGAAGAGCAUCUUGACCAACUACACACUGCAAUAUCAUCUAGAGAAGAGGAGAAGAGAAUACUACUCGAAGAACUAAGACAGGAUCGGGACCAGGUGCACUCAAUCAAGCUCAACAGAGACGAGAUAAACAAGAGGAAAAAUAUUGUAUUUGAGAAACUUGAUUUUAUUAAUAAAGAAGUUCAGAAGAAAGGAGACACAGUUCAGAAACUACGCGGAGGAAUAGUUUAUCAGUCCGAGUCGGAGAUAAACGAGCAGAUACGGAAACUAGAAUAUCAAAUUCAGAAGAACAAUUUCAAACUGGCGGAUGAGAAGAGAAUAGUUUCCGAGAUAGAUAGAUUAAAACGAUCCAAGAAGAUCUUGAAGGAUUAUAACCUAGUAAAGAAUGAGUUGGAUAGUUUAAGAAACCAACAGAGAAGUGUAAGAGAGGAGAGGGAAGCCUUGUUUAAAGAAUCAAGAGAUCUGAGGCGGAGUGAAGAGCAGUUGAGGUUUAGUAUCAAGGAUAACAGCACAAGGAUAGAAGUUCUCAAUGAGGACGUAGAUAACUUUAGAGAAGAGAAACGAUCUCUAAUAAACACCUUUAAAGAACAUGAUGCUGAGUACCGGUUGUAUCAGAAACAGAAACGGGAUGAACUUAAGAAAAAGAUUGCCGAAGAAAGCGCUAAGAAAAAUGCUGAUGAGAGGAAAGAAGAAGAAGAGAUUAGAGCUGAGCUAGAACCCUACCAUGAGGAGAAGACUCAGUGUAUCCUUCUCAUUCAAUAUUGUGAAAACUUACUGGGCUCCGGGUCUCAGGAGCCAACCCCUCUGGAUUCAAACCUUCUCCUUCUUCCGUCCUCGUCCGUUCGUCGAAGAUCUUCCGGGUUCUCCGCCUACUCCGGGUACUCUGACUCCUCCAGUAGAUAUGCUACACCAUUAGGUUGCACCCCGGUAGGAACACCUUUAAAUGGAACUCCUCCGGAUAGUUUUGAUGCUGGACAGUCUCCAGGUUUCUACAAGAAGAAGGAUGAAUCUGAGCUUCAAUUCUUUUCGGGCUCAAGGAAAAAAUCAAAGAAAGUUAAAUCUGAGAGAAAAAUGUCUUUAAAGAAGCCAUUAUCUCAUAAUACGGAAACAUUUCGUCAGUUUGGAUUAGUAAAACUAGCUCCUCCUGCAAGCCUGGGGGAGGUCAACACUGUAAUGGAACUUCUCCGAGCUAAGCUGAAACUAUACAGGAACCUAGGAGAGGAGGAGAGGAUGAGGAGAAAUGAUAUCUGUGUACCAAGUAACCUAGAAGUUCCAACCCCUGUUAUUACUGUGGAACCAUACCUCGACACUCCACCUUGUAAUAAGAACAAUCUCACGCUUAAUCUACAGAUCUCAGCCUGUCCUCAACCAGUGGUAGAAAAUACUCAAAACUGUGAUGCUAUUCGUAAAAACGGAAAGGAAAACUCGCACAGCGUUGAAAGCAACGGAGAAGAUAGAAUCCAUAUUGGACCCAAGUUGAACUGUACUGCUAAUGAAUACCAACCUAAAAUAUUAUCUGAAACCCUGGAACCCUUAAAUCCGAACCAAGCUUUACAGAUCCCUGAAAUAAAAGUUAAUGAACCUGAAGAAAAACAAAAUGGUGGAUUAGAUCCAUCAGAUUCUUGAAACAUAAUUUUACUUGACGCUGGGUGGCCAGAAGAGGAUCCUGAAGAUAUAAAAGUAUCUGCAAGUGACGAAGGGUGCUCUGUAAACAAAUCCAAAGAAUGCAUAAAUUUAGAUACAAUUGACGCAGGGUGUCAAGAAAUAAAUAAUUCUUCAGUUAUUAUAGAUUUAAAUACAAAUGUCGCAAGAUGUCCAGAAAAUAUCAUCUAAGAUUUGAAAUCGGUCACCAAUAACGUCGCACAACUAUCAUCCCAAAAUUGUCGACGCAGGGUGUCCCAAAAUGAUUGCAAAGAUGCAAAUGAAGCUACUGAUGACACUAAUAAUUAAGAAAAUAGUCUCUGCAGAUAUGCAGGGUGUUCAGAACAAAACUACCUAGCAUAUCUUCAGCAGUAAACUCUUCUCAUUGAUGUACAAUGUGCAAUGUGCCAUUAAUACUGAUUAAGAUAUUGUUAUAUUUUUUGUGCAGAACAUGGUAUUCAAACUUA